GGUGGAGGUGGGGGUGAAGGGUGAGUCCUCCCACGGAGGGGCGGGCUCCCUCACUGCGGCGCCUCCGGGACCCGUGCCACCGGGACCUGAGCCUGCACAGUCGCGGAGACAUGGCACCAGCUGGAGGCCCGCGGGCCAAGAAGGGCAUUUUGGAGCGUCUGGACAGCGGGGAGGUCGUGAUUGGGGAUGGCAGCUUUCUCCUCACUCUGGAGAAGAGAGGCUUUGUGAAGGCAGGGCUCUGGACCCCAGAAGCAGUGGUAGAGCAUCCAAGCGCAGUUCGCCAGCUUCACACAGAAUUCUUGAGAGCGGGGGCUGACGUCCUGCAGACGUUCACCUUUUCUGCCACUGAGGACAAUAUGGAAAGGAAGUGGGAAGACGUGAAUGCAGCCGCCUGUGACCUGGCCAGGGAGGUGGCCGAUGGAGGGGAUGCUCUGGUGGCAGGGAGCAUCUGCCAGACAUCACUGGACAAACACCACAAGGACGAAACUAGAAUUAAAAACCUUUUCCGACUACAGCUACAAGUCUUUGCCAGGAAAAACGUAGACUUCCUGAUUGCAGAGUAUUUUGAGGAUGUAGAAGAAGCUGUGUGGGCUGUGGAAGUCUUGAGAGAAGUGGGGAAAUCUGCGGCUGUGACCAUGUGCAUUGGCCCAGAGGGGGACAUGCACGGCGUGACACCUGGAAAAUGUGCAGUGAAACUGGCACAGGCAGGGGCAGACAUCGUUGGAGUCAACUGCCGGUUUGGACCCUGGACCAGCUUACAGACCAUAAGGCUCAUGAAGGAGGGCCUCAGGGAUUCGGGCCUGCAAGCUCACCUGAUGGUGCAGUGCCUGGGCUUCCACACACCUGACUGUGGCAAGGGAGGGUUUGUGGACCUCCCAGAAUAUCCCUUCUGCCUGGAACCCAGAGUUGCGACCAGAUGGGAUAUUCAAAAAUACGCCAGAGAGGCCUACAACCUGGGGGUCAGGUACAUUGGCGGCUGCUGCGGAUUUGAGCCCUACCACAUCAGGGCGAUUGCAGAGGAGCUGGCCCCAGAAAGGGGGUUCCUGCCACCAGCUUCAGAAAAACAUGGCAGCUGGGGAAGUGGUUUGAACAUGCACACCAAACCCUGGGUCAGAGCCAGGGCUAGUCGGGAAUACUGGGAGAGCCUGCUGCCAGCUUCAGGAAGACCUUUCUGUCCUUCCCUAUCAAAGCCGGACGCAUAAGGAGCAGAGAAAGAAAACUCCGAAGCUAGAAACCACAGCAAGCCCCGUCUGGAACCGACCUCGCUGCUGUCCU